AUGCUCGGAACGUUAACCACAGGCUACUCAACUGGCUAUAUUAGAAAUGAUUUAAAUGAUAAAAAAACAGUCAGAUCGCACAGCACUACUGAAAUUGCUCCUACUCCAUUAUCUUUCAGCAUUGACGGAAGACGAUCAGCCAUUGAAAGAACAGUAACUCCUGUAAGUUUCCUAAGAAAUGAAUCAGCUGGGCCGGCCAGCAGCAAAUCUAGGUUAUCUAGAAGGGCCUUAACGGGUCUAAGUUUCAUAUGGAGAGAAGGCAGGAGUAUUCUAUUUGGUUCAACCAACUUAGGAAAUUUAAUGGUCUCAAAGCUGAAGGCAAAUUAG